AUGGGUAAUCUCAUUUUGAGUUCAUACAUUACACCUAAUGUAUAUGAACUUGUACACUACAUAUAUCUAACACUGGGGUUAGCUUUUCAUGGUCAUGAUGAAUCUGAUGAUUCAAGUGAUAAAGGAAAUUUUCUUGAGCUUCUACAAUUUUUGGCAGAUCAUAAUGAUGUUAUUAAUGAAGUGUUGCAGAAAACUCCAAAAAACAGCAAGCUAACCCAUCCUAAUAUUCAAAAAGACAUUGUGAAUGCAGUUGCAUAUAAAACUACCGAUGCCAUCAUUGAAGAUCUUGGCAGUGGGUUCUUUUCAAUUUUAGUUGAUGAGUCCCAUGAUAUCUCAAUAAAAAAACAAAUGGCUGUUGUUUUGCGUUAUGUGGACAAAAAGGGAAUUGUUAUAGAGCGAUUUCUUGGCAUUGUACAUGUAGCAGAUACCUCCGCUUUGUCUCUAAAAGUUGCAAUUGAAUUUUUAUUCAGUAAAUAUGCAUUGCGUUUAUCAAGACUACGUAGGCAAGGUUAUGAUGGGGCCAGUAACAUGCAAGGUGAAUUCAAUGGUCUUAAAACUUUAAUUCUGAAGGAGAAUAAAUCAGCAUUUUAUGUCCAUUGCUUUGCUCAUCAACUUCAGUUAACUCUUGUAUUUGUUGCUAACAAACGUAUUGAUAUUGCUGAAUUUUUUAGCUUGGUUAGCAAAAUAGUCACUAUUGUUGGAGCUUCUUGUAAAAGACGAGAAUUUUUACGAAAUGCACAGCUUGCCAAAAUUACAGAAGCAUUAAACUUGGGUGAACUUGAAAGUGGGCAAGGUUUGAACCAAGAGACAAGUCUUAAACGUGCUGGUGAUACACGUUGGGGAUCACAUUAUAGGAAAAUUCUCAACUUGAUUUUGAUGUUCUCUUCCACAGUUGAUGUACUUGAGAUGAUUGAAAAGGAUAGCCUACUCUCUGAGCAAAGAGUUGAAGCUCGAUUUAUUUUAAGAGUGUCUAAGCAACGAUUGCUGAUGAUGAGAGAUGAUGAAUGGGAAGCUCUAUUGACUGAAGUAUCCACAUUUUGUAGCAAGCAUGAUAUUCCUAUCUUGAACAUGGAGAAAAAUAUUUAUCUGCAACUUCAAGAGCUUAAUAAUCUUUCAGAGGUGACUACUGAGUUGCUACUUUGUAUGACUCGCUUGAAUCCAAGUGAUUCAUUUUUGGCUUUUGAUAUACAAAAAUUGACUCAUCUUGAAAAGUUCUAUCCAUUUGAUUUUUCUGAGACAAAUGUAUUGGCACUUGAUAAUCAACUUCAGACUUACAUUGUUGAUAUGCGCUCCAAUGACGAGUUUUUAGAGCUUAAAGGAAUUGGGGACCUUGCUAGAAAGAUGGUGGAGAAAAAUAAGGAUGUUAUAUAUACAUUGGUAUAUUUGCUUGUAAAGUUAGUUUUGACCUUUCCUGUUGCGACUGCAACAGUGGAAAGAAGUUUUUCAGCAAUGAAAUAUAUCAAAAAUGAAUUGCGUAAUCGAAUGGGGGAUCAGUGGUUAAAUGAUUGUUUGACUGUGUACAUUGAAAAAGAAAUAGCUCGUAGGAUUGAUAAUGAAUCUAUCAUGCAAUGGUUUCAAAAUAUGAAACCUCGUAGAAGACAAUUAUAG